GGCACCCACAGCCGCACUUCUCGGCGCCCUUUCUCCCUGCGCCCCUCGCCCCCCCCCCCCCCACACACACAUACGCACGUCAUGGAUCGCAGCCCCCGGUGGGUCUUUUGUUUGGAUGGCAUCCGGGUGCCCGUGGCGGCGGACCCGCGGCCGGCCGGGCCCGAGGGGGCGCGCGGCGGGCGCGUCCCGCUCGGGGAGCUGCUCAUGGAGCCGGGGCUGUUUGCCCGGCUGGCGGCCGGGUCCGCGGGGCCGCUCCUGCUGGACCUCGGCGGGCUGACCGUCCGGGCGCGGCCCGACGCGCGGGCCGCGGAAAUAUCGCUCCUGGCCGGGUGCGACGUGGACGCACUGGCCCCCGGGCCGGGGCCGCUGCAGGGCCGGGUCCUCCAGCCGGAGGUGCUGCUGGGCGCCUGCUUCGCGGUGUGCGCCCCCCCGGGGGGCGGCCCGCCGGGGCCGGUGCCCUUCGCGGCGGUGGCCGACGCGGCGGCCGCGACCGGCAUCCUCUCGGCGCCGCGGCGGCUGCUCGGCCCGUCCGAC